CUACUGAUUUUUCUCUCCUCCACUCCAGCAAGCGGCGGCCGCCCAUCUCCCUCUCCUCUCUCCGUCACCCGCCAAGCUCCUGCGAGACAACCAACCCCACCAGCACAGCACCACCCUCCUCUUUUCCUUUUCCCAGCGCCACCUCCCAUCUCCUUCGCCUCCCCGCCAGCGAGGAACCGCCGCACCUUCAUCUCCUCCCGGGCGAGAACAAAUCGCCACCACCUCUAUCCUCUCAUCUUCCAUCUGUCUCCCUCAGACAAGUGAGAGCCAAUCUUCAUUGAUCCAUUUCAUACACCAAUACAAUACUCAUUUACACACCAACAGUUCAUAUUACUUGAUCACUAUCAUAUUUCAUUGUUGUGUUCUCUUAUUUGCUGGUUCGGAUUCUGUGAGUUCGACCCGGGAUCUUUGAUGAAUAUGACUCGUCACGAGGGAAUCAAGGCCCUGUGUUGUGCCAGUGAAGUUUUCCAGCACAAUCAGCAAACUGGCCACCCUUUCUACUUCCCAAUCAUUGAGGUUCCUUCUAAAUGUCAGGUUCCACCCUUGUGCAGGGAAGCCUUUACAGAGGUGCAUCACGGAGAGAGAAACCCAGAGGACGUAAUCAGGGGUUAACUCAACAGAAAAGGCAAGAAAUAAGAGAGGCUUUUGAGCUUUUUGAUACAGACAACUCUGGAACCAUUGAUGCCAAAGAGCUCAAUGUUGCUAUGAGGGCUCUGGGUUUUGAAGCAACUGAAGAGGAGAUCAAUCGAAUGAUAGCAGAAGUUGAUAAGGAUGGCAGUGGUGCAAUUGAUUUUGAUGAAUUUGUGCACAUGAUGACUGCCAAGUUUGGAGAAAGGGACACUAAAGAAGAGCUCAUGAAGGCAUUUCACAUUAUUGAUCAAGAUAAAAAUGGUAAAAUCUCUUUUGCAGACAUUCAAAGAAUCGCUGAUGAGUUGAGGGAGCGAUUUACUGACAGAGAAAUUCAGGAUAUGAUAAAAGAGGCAGAUCGUGAUCGUGAUGGAGAGGUUAAUGUUGAAGACUUCAUGAGAAUGAUGAGGAGAACGAACUUUGGGCAUUAAGGAGUUUCAUUCUGGCGCCCUAUUGCUACACCAAAUACAUUUGAGGAUGGAUAUUUAUCAACUAUGUAGUGUAUUAAUAUGGUCUUACAAUUUCAGGACACAUGAUAAUUUUAUGGAUCAAAAUGGACGAAUUAGAGAACCAGUAACCAGUUAAUUACUGGAAUGUGUAUUAUCUUAGUUUGUGUUAACAAGCAUUCACGGUUUGUAAGCAAGCAACUACAGAGUCUUGGUUGAUAGAACAUUUGAUAGCAUCGAUGGAAGCUCAAUAAUAUUUAAAGAACCUUUUGGAGUUUCCAAAAGGCCCCA